CAACCGCCGUGCGUACGUGCGUCGUCUCUAUGGUGGCGGCGGAUUCGCAGAGACCGAACGCUUCUGGUGUCCCGCGAGCUGUCUUGGAGCUGCAGGAAUCUCUGCUGCCUUCUGUUUUCUGGGCGCCGGUGAUUCGGACGUCUCUCCAUAAGGAUGUUCCGCCGGGAGCGCUCCAUCCCCCUUCGAGGCUCGGCGGCCGCCCUGUGCAACAACCUCAGUGUGCUGCAGCUGCCUGCCUGCAGCCUCACACAUUUUGGAGUAGUCCACGGACCCAGCGCCCAGCUUCUCAGCGCUGUUCCUGAGGGUGUGCCCUUGGCCCAGCGCCAACUCCACGCUAAGGAGGGCCCUGGAGUGAGCCCCCCACUUAUCACCCAGGUCCACUGGUGUGUUCUCCCUUUCCGAGUGUUGCUGGUACUCACCUCACAUCGAGGAAUACAAAUGUAUGAGUCUGAUGGCUCCGUCAUGGUCUAUUGGCAUGCAUUGGAUGCUGGAGAUGCCUCUCUAGUGCAGGCUGUGUUUGCCCGAGGAAUUGCUGCCAGUGGCCACUUCAUCUGUGUGGGAACGUGGUCAGGCCGGGUGCUGGUGUUUGACAUCCCAGCCAAGGGUCCCAACAUUGUACUGAAUGAAGAGCUGGCUGGGCACCGAACACCAGUCACAGAUAUUGCCACUGAGCCUGCCCAGGAACAGGAACCGACAGGAGAGAAAGGGAAGGGCUCAUCCUGCCUUUCCCCUCAGGACUGCGUGGCUGACAUGGUGACAGCAGAUGACUCAGGCUUGCUGUGUGUCUGGCGGUCAGGGCCCGAAUUCAAAUUAUUGACCCGAAUUCCAGGAUUCGGGGUCCCGUGCCCGUCUGUGCAGCUGUGGCAGGGGACCAUAGCAGCAGGCUAUGGGAACGGGCAAGUGCGUCUGUAUGAAGCCAGUACGGGAACUCUGCGUGUCCAGAUCGACGCCCACGCCCGCGCCAUCUGUGCCCUGGACCUGGCUCCUGAGGUGGGCAAGCUACUCUCUGCGGCCGAGGACACCUUUGUACACAUCUGGAAGCUAAACAGAAGCCAAGAGGGUGGCUACGUUGAGGUGGAACACUGUCAUGGUGAGUGUGUACCCGACACUCAGGUGUGUGGUGCCCGAUUCUGUGAUCCCUCCGGCAGCUCCUUUGCUGUGACUGGCUAUGACCUUGCUGAGAUCCUGAGAUUCAGCAGCAUGUGAGAGAAAAACAGCCCUCCAUUUUUCCUGUGGUGUUUAUAAAGUACGCCCCUCCACCC